AUGGAAUAUGAGAACUUUCAUAUACAAGCAAAUGUUAAUAAUGUACCUGGAUCUCGAACACAGAGUCGCCAAACUGACGGAAAUGCUCAGAAGUGCAGAGGAAGUAGGUGUUUGGUGUUGCUCACAGUGGGUCUCGGGCUCAUUUGUGUUCUUCUGCUGCUCUUCAUCAUACUGCAGCAUAUCAACAUCACAGCAGAGAAAGACCUGAUAAAGAGUUGCAAGAACACUGCUGAAGAGUUUAAUCAAAGCAUCAACAGCUUACAGGACCGUUACACUGAUCUAAUGACUGAAAAAACCCAACUGCAGGACCAAUUCAACUCUUUGAGUCAGAAGAACCAGGGGUUAGAAAGACAAGUCAGGUCUCUGAGUGACCAACUGAAGAAAGAAUGUAAACAAGAUGAUCUUUUCCUAUCCACCGAGUUGAAGAGCUGGUCUGACAGCAGACAGUACUGCAGGGAUCGCGGUGCAGAUCCGGUCAUUAUCAACACUGAAGAGAAACAGAGACAUAUAUCUUCAUUGGUCAAGGAGAGGGUUUGGAUUGGUUUGUCUGACAGACAACAGGAGGGCAACCUGAAAUGGGUGGAUAAUUCACGACUGAAACAAGGGUAAAUGCUA